AUGAGAGAGAGAGGACACAGCGAUCUCAGGAGACUUCUGUCUCCACCACGUCAGACGUCACGUUGUGGAAGAUUAGACUGUGAGCUUGAAGAAAACCGCCGGUUUUCUCACGUUUAUCAGUCUCGAAGUCCGGCGAGGAAGGAGAACUGUCGGCAUGGAGAUGUCAGAACUUGGUCUCCACCUCGAACACGGGAAGAAGUUGAAGGAAACAGGCCUUUUUCACGUUCUUAUCGGUCUCCGAGUCCGGUUUGGUCGGAACGACACCGGUCCAGACUGAUUGGGAGAGAAUGCCAACAGCAUGGCGAUGUCAGGGUAAGAACCCUACCUCGAAACCGGGAAGAAAUCGAAGGAAACUGGCGGUUUUCUCGUUCUCAUCGGUCUCGAAGUCCGUUUAGGGCCGAACCUCACCGGUCUAGACAGGCUGGGAGCGAACACCAAGAGGAUGGUAAUGUCAGGACACGGUCUCCAUCUCGGAACCGUGAAGGAAGAGUAACAGACCGGCGGUUUUCUAUUUUAAACCAGCCAGCUGAACCGGACCGAUUGGGUGAUAGGCCGUUUAAUGAAGAGAGAGGAGGGCAUUUGGAGAAAUUGUCACAGUUUUGUGAGACUUUGUCGAAGAAAGAAUCGACCUUUAGCAAGUUUCAAUGGGACAAUUUACUAGCACAAGACAACAAACCCAAAAAUGCAAGUGAAAGAUCCGGUCAUUUUGAUGAUUCUUGCAAAAUCAGUGGGGUUGUUUCUGAUUCUGGCGUGGUCCCCACAUCCUUGCCAACGGAGAAUGUGGGGCCAAGAACUCAUUUUGGGUACUGUUUGGAUGCCACAACAAGGGGUGGCAAUCAUGGGCUUAUUGAUGGUGGCAUUGGUAAUGUGUCUCCUUUUGGCAAACCUGUUAGUGAGAGGUUUGAAAGGAAAAGGAGUAGUCUUAUUGACCCAACUGUGGACAUGGUUGAAAUGAAUGAUGCUUCUGUAGCAGGGUACCAUGAUGUCGAAAGGGUCAGGGUGCCACAUUCAAUGAGGCGAGAGGAGAAAGAUAUGAGAGAUUGUAGGAUUGAUCGGGGAGGCUAUGGGGUUUUAUUUAGGGAGAGGGAAAAUAUGGGUUCACUGCCCAUGGAAUCCUCAUGUCGGAACAUGAAAAAUGCCAGAGGAAAGACCAGCAUUGUUGACAUGAUUGAUGGAAAUGGUGCUGUUCUUGGAGAUCACACGAGGGAGAGCAGAAUGUUGGACAAUCAUGACUGUUUUGGAGAAAGCUACCAUUAUGCUGAAGGGGUUAGCGUCUCGCAUUCAAUGGAACAAGAUGGGAGAGAUAAGAAGAAAGACUGCAGAAGUGAUCCUGUGGAGUACGAAUUUAUUCAAGAUAAGGAUGUGUCUCAUUUGAGGAAAACUUUUUUUAGUGAGGGAACGAAUGUUGGUUCACUGCCCACGGAAUCCCCAUGUGAAAACGCCAGGGUUUUAAGGACAAGGACUUGCAUUGUUGACCCAAUUGCAGACAUGAUUGGUGGAAACGAUGGUGCUCUUAGAGAGAGAACGAGAACAAUCAGGAUGCCGGACAAUCAUGGUUGUUUGCAAGAAAGAUAUGUUGAUGUUAGCCACGUGUCGUCAUGGUCAUUCGAGCAAGACGAUAAAGAUGAGGAAGCUUUGGUUUCCAGGAAUGACAAUAUGUACUCUGAGAUGGAAGAGGGUUUGGAUCCUAAGAACUUGAAGUCAACAGAGGACUGUGGUUUUGAAAGAGGAGAUGGAUAUAGGAGGUUGACUGUGUCAUACGAUGGACUGUAUGUGAGCGAGAAUAGUCCGCAAAGGGUGGUCAUGGGAGAGGAGACUGGUAUUGGUGUCCAAUCAGAAAUUAUGCGCGAAGGACAACUUAUUUUUGACAUGGAAGCGAGCAUUCAUGACCAAAGAAGUGUGUUAUCUUCUAAUUGGAAUGACUUUGAGCAGAUGCAUGAUGUGAGCUAUGAAGAUGGAGAGUGGAUUAAUCCAGAUAAUGAGCAAUAUUCAUUAUCGGAGAACUCAGGAUUGAGGCAUUUACGAAGUGGGAUGGACGAAUGGAUGAUUGAUGGCACGGCAAGCCAUGAACAUGCCUAUUCCUUCAAUCCACUACCAUCUACAGAUUUAUUACCAUCCGAUAAUAGGCAUCCAAGCAAGUCUGUUGAGCCUCCUAAAAGCAAUGUAAAGCAGCGUUUGGGGCCUCUACGAAAUGUCAAGCAGCGUUUGGGGCCUGCUCCAAAUGCAUGUAAGAGCUUGGGGGCUGCACAAAGAGCUCAGAGGAAACUUCCUUGGCUUAAAAUAUAUGAAGAACGAUGCCUGGAUAAUUAUGAUGGAACUCUUCAUAUUCAAGGACUGAAAUCCUCAGAGAGGUUGAAGAAACAUGCAAAGACUGAGGCACCUAAGGACUCUGAUGAGUUCAUGCAACUGGUUCACAGGGCUUUCUUAAAGUUUUCCAAACUUUUGAACGAGAAUUCAGCGAACAGAAGGAAAUACCUGGAGAAAGGAGGAAAUGAUAAUCUGAAGUGCUGCGUAUGUGGCAGGUUUGUUGUCUACAUCUUUUAA